AAGUGUUGUGAUGAAAAGCGGUUCUGAAUUCAAAAUAAGAAACGAUGAACACAAUUUUGGGUUAAACGUUUUUAUUUUGAAAGGCGUUUUCCGGAAAUACUUCACAUUUCUUUCCUGUUGAGGAUAAGUAACCUGCUGUGGAGUUUAUUCCACAUCCGUCUGAGAAUCGCGUGUCUGCUCCGUGUGAAAUAACACUUGUUUCGAAACUGUUUUCGAGUGAGUGUAACUUUGUGGUCGAGACAAGAGUGAAACGCAUUUCCAUUGCUGAGGGGAAAUAUGAGCUGUUUAAAGGACGAAAGCCGUAGUGCGUCACCUCACUGUCCUAAACCUGAUGAGUCUGAGGAGCCACUGGGCACAACCAUGGAGACUGUAUCUUCCACUGAUGCUGGUGUGAAAUUGGAGAAUAUGAUGCCUGAAGUGAUCAUCACAAAAGAAAUGGAGGAAGAAGAGAAUCAACUGAUGGAGGAAGGGGAGAGGAAAGAAAAAGAUAUGAUGGAGAAGGCGCGAGAAUCAUGGGUGAGGGAUUCUCAGGACAUGCGCUUCAAGAGACUGCAGCAUCUGCUUCAGAAGAGCAACAUCUACUCUAAAUUCCUUCUGACUAAAAUGGAGCAACAGCAGAAUGAGGAGAAACAAAGGAAGGAGAAACUGGAAAAGAAGACCAAAAAGAAGCCAAACAGUGCAGAACCUGACAAAGACAAAAAGAAGAGGAGGAGGGAUGAAGAUUACAAAAUAUCCGAUGUCCUGACAAAACAAGAAAUCAUGUCUCAGGCAAAGAAAGCAAAAAUGGAGCAAGAGGAGAAGACUCCAGCCCAGAAGAAGCUUGAAGCUGAGGAUAUAGAGAACAUGAGUGACUCAAACGAAGACAUCAAGAACCGUCUCUCAGAGAUGAUGCGAGACGACGCCAAGCACCUCCUCCAUCCUGACAGGACCGUGGAAGGUCAGCCAGUCCCUGCCCAGCAGCCACAGCUCUUCACUGGAGGGGUCAUGAGGUGGUACCAGAUUGAAGGCAUGGAGUGGUUGAGAAUGUUGUGGGAGAACGGUAUAAAUGGAAUCCUGGCUGAUGAGAUGGGACUGGGAAAGACCAUCCAAUGCAUCGCCCACAUCUCAAUGAUGGUCGAAAAAAAAGUCAUGGGCCCGUUUCUCGUGGUCGCCCCGCUCUCCACUCUGCCCAACUGGAUCAGUGAAUUCAAACGCUUCACACCAGAGGUUUCUGUGCUGCUUUACCAUGGACCCCAGGCAGAGAGGGCCAAACUGCUGAAAGAGAUCCGCAAAACUCAGGGGCCCCUGAACAUGUGUCCCGUGGUCAUCACCUCCUUUGAGAUCUCCAUGAAUGACAGAAAAUUCCUCCAGCGCUUCCGGUGGAAGUACAUGGUAGUUGACGAAGGUCACAGGAUCAAAAACCUCAACUGUCGACUGGUGCGGGAGCUGAAGCUGUUUCCCACUGACAACAAGCUGCUGCUGACGGGGACGCCGCUGCAGAAUAACCUCGCUGAGCUCUGGUCCCUCCUCAACUUUCUCUUGCCAGAGGUUUUUGAUGACCUCAAGAGCUUUGAGUCAUGGUUUGACAUCGACACCAUCGGGGAGGCGGAGAAUGUGGUGGCAGCGGAGCGUGAGCAGAACGUCCUGAGCAUGUUGCAUCAGAUCCUGACUCCUUUUUUGCUGAGGAGACUGAAAUCGGACGUCACCCUGGAGGUUCCACCUAAGAAGGAGAUCGUGGUUUAUGCUCCUCUGACGAGCAAACAGGAGGCUUUUUACACGGCCGUCGUAAACAACACCAUCACCAAGAUGCUGGGCCAGGAGAAGACGGAGGCUCCUGUAGCUCUGACAUCAUGUGGCAGACCAAAGCGUCGCAGUCGAAGGACGGUGGACUACAGUGAAACGGAGGGCGACACGCCGCAUGACCUGGACAAGUAUCUGCAGAGGGUCAGCGUGGAGGCGGAGCAGAGUCCCCGCUCAGUGUUGGAGGUCAAAAGCCCGUUGGAUGCUCAAAUCAACCUGAAGAUGCAGAACAUCCUCAUGCUGCUGAAGAGAUGCUGUAACCAUCCCUACCUGGUGGAGUAUCCUCUUGAUCCUGCCACUCAGGAGUUCAAGAUUGAUGAGCAGCUGGUGCAGAGCUCGGGGAAGUUCCUCAUCCUCGACAGACUGCUGCCUGCUCUGAAGAAGCGAGGACACAAGGUUCUGAUCUUCAGUCAAAUGACUUCCAUCCUGGAUUUAUUAAUGGAUUACUGCUAUCUGCGCGAUUUCCAGUACAGCCGACUGGACGGCAGCAUGUCUUUCUCUGACAGAGAAGAAAAUAUGACAAAGUUCUCCCAGGAUCCUGAGGUCUUCCUGUUCCUGCUGAGCACCAGAGCAGGAGGACUCGGGAUCAACCUGACGGCUGCUGAUACAGUCAUUAUCUUUGACAGCGACUGGAACCCUCAGGCAGACCUGCAGGCACAGGACCGCUGUCACCGCAUCGGUCAAACCAAACCAGUGUUGGUUUACCGCCUCGUCACUGGCAACACCAUCGACCAGAAGAUCCUGGAAAGGGCUUCAGCCAAGAGGAAGCUGGAACAGAUGGUCAUUCACAAAAAUAAAUUCAAAGGUGUGAGGUCAGAGCUGAACCAGAGUAAGAGCUGCAUUGAUCUGGAUGAGUUGAUGGAUCUACUUAAAGCCAGAGGCACUGAGAAGGAGGUGAAAGCAUCGAGGGGCAAAGUGAUCAGUGACAAAGACCUGGAGAUUCUGUUGGAUCGCAGUGACAUGCUGGCCAGAGAAAAGGGCAGCGUGAAGACGGAGAAGGUUGGCGUUUUCAGAGUGAUCGAUGCCGAAGAGUCGUCAAAGAUCACACUCACCUGAGAAAACUUCAUCCAUCCAGAGUAAAAAAAAUACUUAAAAAAAAAGCCAUGAACAAACAAAUGGUUCAUAUCUUGUAACUUGAACCUGAUCCUGAGUCCAGGUCCUCUUCUGUCUUUGGUCGCCACCACAGCUGAUGGCGUCCCUCCACCUCGUGACCUGGAAUCUUGAUAGUUCUGUUUCAAGUCGUUAACUUGUUAGUGUUCUGUUGUGAGCUUUGUUUCUAACGAGCUAUGAUUUCCAUGUGUUUGAGUUCUCAGACGGCUCCUAACAACGUUUAUCAUUUUGGUGCUAAAACACAAAUCUCUUUUAAGAUUGUCCUGCAUUUGUUUAGGCUUCUUCUUUGUUUAUGUUGAUUUGUUCUGAACAAUACUGUCAAAAAAAAAUCUUUCACUUUCAUUUAAUGUUCUUUGGUAUAUUUUAAAUAAAUAAAUAUUUUUGACUUAACUUAGUUCUGUCAAAAUAAAGCUAUAUUACCAAAA